AUCCAAAUUAAAAGGUACUAAUGGCAUCCAAUGCUAUGCUUACAUUAUAUCUAAAAUAAAGAAAAGACAAAGAAAAAGUUGUUUCUUUCUAAUAAAUUUGUAUCAGCAGCAUUUCGCUGGAAUCGAUACGCACGCGAGAGACGGAGAGAUGGCAGGAAUUGGACCGAUAACGCAGGACUGGGAGCCAGUCGUGAUCCGCAAGAAGCCUGCUACCGCCGCCGCCAGGAAAGACGAGAAAGCCGUCAACGCCGCCCGUCGCACCGGUGCCGACAUCGAAACAGUCAGAAAAUAUAAUGCCGGUACAAACAAAGCUGCUUCUAGCAGCACUUCUUUGAACACAAAAAGGCUUGAUGACGAUACUGAGAACCUUACUCAUGAACGUGUACCCACUGAACUGAAGAAAAGUAUUAUGCAAGCUCGAAUGGACAAGAAGCUUACUCAGGCUCAACUUGCACACAUGAUCAAUGAGAAGCCUCAAGUAAUCCAAGAGUACGAAUCUGGGAAAGCUAUUCCAAAUCAACAGGUAAUUACCAAGCUGGAGAGGGCUCUUGGUGUGAAGCUGCGUGGAAAGAAAUAGAGAAGAAGCCAUGAGAGAGGUGGCAGUUGAUGAUGUAUGGUUAGUGUUAAGGGUGGUCUUGUGCAAGAACUUGUAUGCUAAUGCUUGCGUCUGGAUUGGAAAAAAUAAUGAAGCCGCAAAAACAAAAACUGAAAGUGGAUAGAGUUAUGGUUAGUGUAAGAGUGUUCCUAAAUGUAUGAGACCUUGUAUUGUCUUUGAGAAUGUCUCACCGGAUUGAAAAAUUCACCAUCUGCACUUGUGAAUAAAUAUAGACGUGCCACCUGUUUAGUUUGCUUGUA